CGGUGCACUUGAGAUGGGGAAGAGUUAGGGAGGGUCUGCACCAGUGCCUCGGCGCACAGCUCCACAAAGUAGAGUUACCCCUAAAUCCAGGGCAAAUCCCCGGGACGUCCCCUCUCUGACGUGCAGUGGGGGUGCCACAGGAGUGGGGGGUCUUACACCAGGGUCUACUUUAAAAGCCCCUUGUGAAGAUGCGGCGUGAUCACUGAGGAAGAAGAGUCUGGGAGGCUGACACUGGUCUUUUUUUCUUCUUCUUGCAAUCAGUUGUUGCAGAUGUUUUGCGCAAGUUUUGGCAAGAGGCAAAAAUCGCGCUUAUUGGGAUUUCAAAGUCUUUAGUAAACUUCAGCAAACGCGGGGACUGAGAUCAGCGGCUUGAAAGCUCCACCUGAGAAGAAGUUGCUCUGUGUAAUUGCAGCAGUCCUCUGACUUCACCGAUCAAUGUGGCUUCUUGGAUCAUCCUCCCAAGGUGUGAUGGACGAGUCCCCCUCUGCACGGUUCGUUCAGAGUCCGGGGAACCAGUCCAGAGUCCACAGUAUAGAGGCGAUACUGGGAUUUAAAGAUGACAGCGUCUUCCACAGAGCAGCCUCCUACAGCGUGGCCGACAAGGCGCUGGGCAAAGAGACCGAGCGCAACGGGAACGUCAUUGUAACCCCCAUGAAGAAAGGCCAUCACUCAGAAAGUUUUGACAGUCUGUGUUGUUCCAGCUCCUCUGAGGGUCCCGUCUGUCCCGACUCACCUGACGGAGACGGCAAACUGUCUGAUGACGAGAACCCGAAGAAGAAGCACCGCCGGAACCGGACCACGUUCACCACCUUCCAGCUGCACGAGCUGGAGAGAGCUUUUGAGAAGUCGCAUUACCCAGAUGUGUACAGCCGAGAGGAGCUGGCCCUGAAGGUCAGCCUGCCGGAGGUCCGUGUGCAGGUGUGGUUUCAAAACCGACGGGCCAAGUGGCGACGGCAGGAGAAGCUGGAGGUGAGUUCCAUCAAGCUCCAGGACACCCCCUCCUCUUUGCUGUCCUUCAGCCGGUCCCCCACCAGCUCCCUGGGCUCCGGGCUGCCGCUGGACCCCUGGCUCACCACACCGAUCACCACCUCCACCUCCCUGCAGUCACUCCCUGGCUUCAUCGGUGCUUCGCAGGGCCUCCCGGGCAGCUACACCCCUCCUCCCCCUCCAGCCAUGCCCCCUUCCUUGCCGGCCUCCUUCCUCAACGCCCCUGCCCUGGGACACGGCGCUCAUCUGCCCCAUAUAGGCUCUAUGUGCCCCCCGCCUUCAGCAUACCCGUGUUCAACCGAUCCAAGGAACUCCAGUAUCGCCUCACUGAGGAUGAAGGCCAAGGAACAUAUCCAGUCUAUUGGGAAGACUUGGUGAAGUGUGGAAGUGUUUGAGGACGACCAGACACACAGACAGUGACUUCAUCCUCAUGCUGAUGGGAUCAUAACAUUUUCUGGAAUCUUUUUUUUUACUGUGAUUUUUUUUUUGUUGUUGUUCUUGUUGUUUUUUUGCUGAACUUUCAAAGAGUGAGAACCACUUCUGACAGCCAGGAUCAGAGGGAUCAUGUCCACGUUUAUGGCGGCUAUCUGAAGACUGAAACGCAUGUGAAAUCACUGUGAAGUGUGAAAGCUCUGUUUGUUGAUAGAUUGUUGUCUUUUGGUGGCUUUUCCUCUUUGCUCAUCUCUGCAAGCUGUUUUUCAUUCCAUCAUUUCAAAUCCAUUCAGCCCAAUCACAUUUUGUAUCCACGCUGUCUUGUACUGCCAACAUAACAAAUGCAAAGUAUCUAUUUAUUUUACUCCUGUAAACUCUCCUCAUUUGAGUAAUUGUUGAUUCAUUAUUCUUCCCUGCUGGUUUUGACCCAUUUAUAUGUUCUUCAUCAUGAAAAAUUCAUCGCCUGUGAUUAUUUUCUCUUUUUACUGUAUGUAAAUUUCAUACAAAUAACAUAAAAAUCUGAUCAAA